UCGAUGAAAAUGUACGUGGCAUUAUGCAUUAUAAAUAAUUAUUAUUUAGUAUAUAGUUCAGUUGAUACUUAGACAAUCGAAUUCUGUUCAUAAUAAUUUUCAAACUUUCUUUAAUUAAAACAUAAUUUUAAGUAAUUAAAAAGUGUUUUAAGUUAUUACAAAAUGCUUCGAUGCGAUGCUGAGAAGAAAUCAGUUAUGUUAUUAAUAGCAAUAUUGGCAUAUUUAUUAAUACAAUCAGCAGGAGUUUUUUCAAGUUCUAGUAGUUCAUUAAUUCCAACAUCAAAUAUAGAAGAUGAAGAAUUAGAAGGAUAUUGUUCUCCGAACAACAAUAAUAACAGCGGAAGAGAUGUGUGCUCAAUUUGUUUAGAAGAUUUUGAUGUACAAACACUUACUUUAAUAUGUUGUAAAGUUAAGUAUUGUAAAAAAUGUCUUGUUCAAUGGCUAAAAAUAAGUGUUAAUAAAUGUCCUAUAUGCAAAGAAUAUGUACCCAAUUGCUUAUUGAUUUGAUAACAGAAAAUCAGGGGCAUUAUGUGAGAUGUUCAUUGAAACCAUAAUGUCUGGCUUAGUAAUUCUGAAUGCUACGUUUCAAUGAAUAUUUCUAUUAUUUUUUUAGUCAUUAUCUUGUAAUUUGACUUUUUCUGGUAACAGAGUUCAAAACUUUAUGAAGGAAUCCUAAAAUACACGUGUCGAAAACUGAAUGAAAUAUGUGUUUUAUGUGUUAUUCGAAUAUUUAUGAAGAUGGGAAAAAGUAUGUGACAACAUGUUGUAAUAAGGCAUUUUGUUACAAUUGCUUUUUU